AUGAUGUUGGUUCUUCUACCAGAAUCAUUUCCGCCGGAGAAAAGAAAAACAAGCAAAUCUCUAAGGGAAGUAGUUGGACACAGUUUCUCAUUUUUCAUAUCUAAAGACUAUGGCAACAACCGAUGGAAAUAUCAGUUUUUACUGCUAGCCCAUGGUUUUUGCGACUUUAGCUUUCUUGGACGCAUAGGUACAGAAACCAUUUAUCAAAUGUCCACGCCAUUUUGUUGGAGUGCUGAAAAGGUUGGGUUGUAUGGGGCGGCAAGGACUGUUGGGAUGAUGGUGUUUGGAGUGUGGUCUGUAAAAUUCUUUCAGCUAUUUUUACCAGAUGUCAGUAUUGCUAUGAUAGGUGUAUUGUCCUACGCCGGAUGUUUCAUUAUAACAGCACUAGCAAACAACAGCGCAAUGCUUUAUUUAGCGGCGGCUGUGUCAAGUUUUGGGCCAUUAGAGUCGAUAGUUAUAAGAAGUGUCGCGUCCUCAUUAUCUGAACCUAGUAAACAAGGCGCUAUAUUUGCAGCGUUCGCAUCUGUAGAAAUCAUUGUUAAUCUUCUUAGUAAUGUUGGAACCAGUGCCAUAUACUCUGUCAGUGUGAAGUUCAUGAGAGGCUUCGUAUUUUUAGUACUGUCGUCAUUUGAUGGUAUUGCUUUCGUUCUGCUCAUAAUAUUAUUGAUUGGAUGGAAACGUGAAGAAAGAAAGAUAACUGUGAUGAAGAUAUGAUAAUCUUUUAUUUGCUAUACAGUGCGUAAAGAAUGAUUACGUUUUGUGUUGACGGUGUGUACAAAGCAACAUCUCGUCUGCUGCUUUGCAUAAACAUUGUUAUACUGUGACUUAAUUGAUACAUAUUGUUUUGUUGGAUCAAGCCAUGACGUGACUGACUCAAGACAUCGUGUUGACUCCGUCAUUGCAUCGGUACAACGAGCCACGACGACUAUUUUGAACAUGCACAAAACAAAUUCCGAAGGUGAGCGUUUUCAGUGGGUCGCGGAGUAAAACGCCAUAGGGACCCAUAGCCGGGGUUGAAACCCUGUGACAGUUUGCUAAAUUUUGUUUGUCGAGAAAAAUCAAGUUCGAAGUACGAGUACGUUUUCCUUAAAAUACUGAUAAAAAUUCGCGGGUGUGACGGGGGUGUUACAAAUGAACAGAAUUUUAGCAAUUCAAAUUCUACGGUAUCAAUUUGUAAUGAAUCCAUAUCUUUAAGUCAAUACGAUGUAAAAAAAAAACAUACCGGUAUAUAACUUAAAUGAGUAGAACAGAACAGUUCUAUUCUGUUGUUGUUGCUUUUUUGUAAAACAAAAAAAAAGAAUCUAUUAAUUGAUGCGAAUUGGGUUGUUGUUUAAAUUACAUUUAUUCCUGAUCUCGUAAAAUUAAAUGAGUUUGAUAAUGUGGGCAUACACGUGCUUUCAUUCAUUUGAAUUUGGCAAACAUUUAAUGAAUAGACAAGCAAUGGCAUUAAAUAAUGUUAAGAAUAAGAUCCUAAU